UCCAUGUUUGUUUCACUCAUAUUCAAAAUACUUGUUGGGUUGUUGAAUCUCUUUCAACGUUUUGCUUCUCUUCGAGCUGCGACUACCGGAACAGAGAACGGAUCGGUCGGUGAGACUACCUCAAAAGCAUCCAAUUGAUUCAUGGCAGUUCUACGUCUCAUUCCGUUGCUCCUGUUUUUUCUUGAAGAAGUGAUAUCAUGGUGUGCAUUUUGUGCCUGUUCGCGCGUCUAUGGGCGUUGGAAAGCAUCUGCCAUAUUUUCUAUUUGGCGAUAUUUUUCGUUUUACAUCUGCCUUUUCUCCCUUGUAUUUUUGGUACUUAAUCAAGUAGAAGAGGCAUUCAUACCACAAGAGCUCGUUGCCCUUAUGGUGAUAUGUUAUAUCGUAGUCAUCGUGGAAAGUCACUUCUCGCUUGAUUUGCAGUACCUAAAGAACAUUUUGGAAGACGAAACUGUCUCGGAAUAUAUAGACAGGCAACGUCUUCUGAGACCAGACAUUUCUGUAAGUGUUGAGAGUUACCAUUAUGAAGCGGUCAAAGACUUUUACCAGCCAUGGACUAAGAAGGAAAUAACAUUCCAGAAAAUCGAGAAGUUUUCGUACACCGCAAUGGUUGAUGAUUCGACAUAUUCAAGGUACCCAGCUCUGUUAGCAUGCACAGCUGGUAGCAAAGCAGCCGCUGGCAGGGUUACGAUUGACCAUAAGGUCUUCUUAGGCGACCAACCAACACAAGAAGAGUUUAUACGUCUUCGAACUGCAAUGCUUCCAAAAGUGCCACCAGAAUCACGGGAUAAAAUUACCGAUCUCGUCGUUCAAGCUGAAAUUCCCGGGGCAAAACGAAAAAUCCUGUGUUGCCCAAGCUCUCGAUCGAUGCCAUUCUGGAUGCGACCUAGUUUCUUCUGGAUUGCCACCUUUUUGAUGAUAGGUUGGCCUUAUCGUUGGUUGUUCAGGGCUAAAACGGAUGAGAUUCAUCUUUCCCUGACGAAAAAGGUUUAUAAGAAUGCUACACCAGAUGAAGAAUGUCUCUACAGGAUUCCUGAACGUGCAAUAAAAGAGCGCUCAGGGGCACCCAACGAGAUUAUAGUUCAAAACCACUUAAACAUAGCAUUGGUAAACGUAUUGUAGAAUUUAAACGGUAGAUGUAGGCAUAUUCUUGUCCCUUAAACAUUUUUCAUCUGUUCGGAUUUCCUAGCUGAAAGUCUAGUGAUCCGAAAAUUAUAGGGAUCAAAACUUACCUUUUCAAAAAUUCAGCCAAAUAAAAGGCUCCCGAAAAUUCUAGGUGAUCUCUUUAGGGGUAAAAAUCCGAUAAAAAUGGGAAAUUAUACCAUUUUUUAGAUGUUCGAAAAUCCUAGGAGAGGCAGGCAAGCAAGAAAUUUUACAACAAAUGUUCCGAAAAUUCAAGAUCUCAAAUCGUCUUCCGAACAGAUAUUUUCUGAAAAUUGACGUUGGGUGCCCCUGAGCGCUGGCAAGACUCGCCGUUCAAUGUUAACUUAAAUACAUGAUUUUUUAAGCUAGAUGUUUUGCUUUCCCAGGGGACUCUUCACUCUUUGUCUCUUCAUAAAUAAUCUGUAGAUAUGCACGUUACGUAAUUAGAAAGCAACAGUCCUCUAAGAAACCUCCGCAGCACUGUUAAUAAAAAUGUUAAUUCUUUUUAUAGCUGCAUCACCGCCGGUUAUGUCUAAAUAGAUUCUGGCGUUACAUUAAUUGACCUAACUUGAAAAUUAAAAGCUAUUUUAGUUCUAGACUUUGCCUCU